AUGAAGAAAAAAAUAGUUGAACAAAAAAGAUCAAUUUUUUAUCAAGAACAGAUACAAGAAGAAAAUUCAUCAUUAAAUAACUUUAAAAUACCGGAGUCCUGUAAAAAUGCAAAAAUGACGGAACCACAUAAAAAGACAAAAACGACGGAACCACAUAAAAAUACAAAAACGACGGAACCACAUAAAAAUACAAAAAUGACGGAGCCACAUAAAAAUACUGCAUCUUUAAAAGAACCACGUAAAAGUGCAAAAAUGACGGAGCCACAUAAAAAUACUGCAUCUUUUAAAGAACCACGUAAAAGUGCAAAAUUAACGGAACAAUCUGAAAAUAAAAAAAUUACGGAAUCACAUAAAAAUAAAAAAAUGACGGAACCACAUAAAAAUAUUGCAUCUUUAAAAGAAUCACAUAGAAAUAAAAAGCUUAUAAAAAAACAAAAGCGAAAUGCUGAUAUAAAAGCUGGAAUAAAAAAAAAGAAAAUUGAAGAUAAUACAAAAGAACAAAAUAACAAUUCCCUUACAAAAACAGGACAAAUACAAAAAACCAGUACAGAUGCUUUGUCGAAAAAAAAUAAAUCAGAAGGUAUUGGUGUCAAAUUGUCAAAGCUGGAAAAAGAACUUCUACACAAAGGAACUAUUAAAGAUAAAAUUAAUCUUUUAACACUUCUUGUGGAGAAAAAUCCAUCAGAAUUUAAUUAUAAAAAUUUAUUAUUUUACACAGAGAACCAAAGAAAUGAUAUUAUUUAUCUAACUCUAAAAAAUAUUAAAGACUUAUUACUUUCUAAGGGUGUCCCGGAGAGUAAUUAUAUAAAACAAAGAAUUACAAAAUGUUUUGAGAUAAAUGUUAAAAAUACUUUUAUAAAGACAAAGGUUAUAAGAUUAGUUUAUGAUUUACUUAAAAAUGAUAUCCUUUUUUUAGAUUUAAUAUAUUCGUUUAUAAAUAAAAUUGGUGAUAAAAAAGAAAUAGAAGCAUAUAUUUGCGAAAAUCUUAGGCCAUUGUUUUUCAUUAACGAAGAGGCCAUAUUAUAUAAUAUCGAAGAUUUUAUUUGUAAAAAUAUGAAUUUUAAGUGUAUUAAUUCUAUAUUAAAAUUUUUAAGAUGUGUAUCGCCAACUGAUAAAUGUAAAAUGAUCGAAAUUUAUAAAUUGAUCUUAGAUCACAUUUCUGAAUUUAAGGAUGAACAAAAAAAUAUUAUUUUAGAGCGUAGUCUUGAGCAGUUUAGUGCUCUAUUAGAGGAAAUUGAUGAUCCUACCAUUUUUGUUAACAAAGAAAUCGAAGAUCUUAUAAAAGUAUCUUAUGCAACAGAUAAGAUGGCCUUUAGUGGUGUAAAAAUAUUAUUUAGAUGUCAAUGUAAGAUUUUGAAGCCUUUUAUUGUUCAACUGUUAAAAAAUCACAUAUUUUUUAAUUUUAAAGAUAUUAGAAAUGUAUUUCAAUUUAUUUUACAAAUUUAUAAAAAAGAUAAAGAUAAUGAAUUUAUAAAAAAUAUACUUAGUAGUAUUAUAUUUUAUAAAAAAGAUUUAUUAAUAGCAAUUCUACUUUUGUGCGCAAAAAAUAGAAUAUCUAAUGUUAGUGUAUUAGAAAUAUUAAAAAAUCAUUAUUCCAAUAUUGUGCGAAAAAUGGUAAAUUCAAUUCUAACAAAAGAAUACAAUGUGAUAGAAAUCAAUCCAUUUGAUAAAUUACAAUUAGAAGCAUACGAAGAAGUUUAUAAAUAA